UGGAGAACUGCAAAACCGGGAGAUCUUCAGGUUGCAACCUUAGCUAAGAAGCACUCUGCAAUCAACUGCAGCGGCUCCUGGCGGGAAAAAGCCUGGCCACGCGCCCCUUCGGCGCCGAAAGAGCAAAGCUGGAAGGAGAAAGGGCGGCGGGAAGUGGGAUCUCCCGGGCUGGAGAGGGACGCGAGCCGGCCGGCACAAUGCCUUCGUGCGCCUGGCUGCACUUUGAGCGGCAGCAACAGCUACGAAAAGGGACUGGUGAGCAGAGUUGGCUUUGGAUCGGCUGUCGCGAGAGGCUGGGGCUGGUUGUCUGGCUUGGCCGCGCUUGGCCCGCGUUAUCCUCCCACCUACUUCUGGAGAGGGGACCAGCAGAGGGAGAAUGACAGAGGCGGGGCUAUUACCGAGGAAUGGGUCUGCGGGCUCAGGAAGGAAAGAGGACCUCUAUCCAGCUUGGGUGGCGAGCCUUCUCGCAGCCAUCCUCAUCCUCACCAUUGCUGUGGACAUCCUGGGCAACCUCCUAGUGAUACUGUCAGUCUACCAGAACAAGAAGUUGAGGAAAGCAGGGAAUGCCUUUGUGGUCAGCCUGGCGAUUGCAGACUUGCUGGCUGCUUUGUACCCCUUCCCAUUGGCUCUGAUAGCCAUUUUCCAUGACGACUGGGUGAUGGGAGGCUUACACUGCCAGGUGAGCGGUUUUCUGAUGGGCAUGAGCGUCAUAAGCUCCGUCUUCAACAUUACCGGCAUUGCCAUUAACCGCUAUUGCUACAUUUGCCAUAGCCUGAAAUUCGACAGGCUUUUCUCCUGCCCCAACACACUCUUCUACGUGGGGCUAGUUUGGGCCCUUACCUUGCUGGCAAUCAUGCCGAACCUCUUUGUGGAAUCCCUAAAGUAUGAUCCUCGAGUCUAUUCUUGUACUUUUUCCCAAUCCGUCAGCUCCCUUUACACUAUAGCAGUGGUAGUCAUUCAUUUCUUCUUGCCUAUCACCAUUGUCAGCUAUUGCUACCUAAGAAUCUGGAUCCUCGUGCUCCAGGUACGGCGGAGAGUCAAGCCAGAUGUCCAACCCAGAAUAAAGCCUCAUGACUUCUGGAACUUUCUGACCAUGUUUAUUGUCUUUGUUCUCUUUGCUAUCUGCUGGGCUCCACUGAACCUCAUUGGCUUUGCAGUUGCCCUGAAACCAACACUGGAUUCCUCCAUGCCCAAAUGGCUCUUCACAGCAAGCUAUUUCAUGGCCUACUUUAACAGCUGCCUGAAUGCUGUGAUUUACGGGGCACUGAACCACAGUUUCAGAAAGGAGUACAAGAGGAUCAUGCUCACUCUUUGCCAACCACCAGCCUUUAGAGCUGGCUAAAAAAUCAAAAUGGGGUGAGAAGGCUGAUUUUGAGGUCAUAUAGUAGGAUAAAGUUUGCAGAAAUAUUUGGUGCAUCUCAAAGGAAUCUAUAAUUCUGCAUACAUUUGCUCAAGCAGGAUCUGAAAGGGCCAGCUGUGGUUAAUCCUCUGUGAAUUCAAUGAGGUUGGCAUAGCCUUAGAAGGCUUAAC